CUUGGUUUCUGGUUCAGUCAGUAGAGAGAAAUGGAAGGAGAAAGAAUCCCAGAGACGGGGAGAGUGGGGAUUGUUAUUCUGACGCUCUUGUGUGUGUUGGCACCUAUUUGCCACGCUUCGAGGAAAGUGAUAGAUUUGGAAAGUGGACCAGAAUCUGUUAUAUGGGUGGUGCAGCUUUCUGAUCUCCAUUUCAGCGUCCACCACCCUGAUCGAGCCCUUGAUUUCAAGCGCCUGGUCGCCCCUUCUCUCUCCCUCAUCAACCCUUGCCUUGUCCUCAUCACCGGCGAUCUCACAGAUGGGAAAAGCACGGACUUGCUAACAAUGAAGCAAAAUGAGGAUGAGUGGGUGGAAUACAAGAAUGUAAUGGAAGAUGUUAUGAAAAUGAGUGGGCUUAAUAAGAGCAUAUUCUAUCAUCUUAGAGGGAAUCAUGAUAACUUUGGGGUACCACUUGUUGGCGGCCUGUUUGACUUUUUCUCGAAGUACAGCAUCAAUGGGCAAUUGAGAAGGAGAGAGAAUGUCAAUAGUGUCACCAUUCAGACAGGUGAGAGUAAAAAUCUAUUUGUCAGCCUGGACAGCACAAUGCAUGUUGGUGUACGAGGCCCAACCAAUCUUUUUGGCCAUCCAACCAACCAACUCCUCAAUGAACUAGAGGCAGAGUUAUCACAAUGGGAUACUCAGCAAACAAAACUCGUGACCAAAAUUGCCUUUGGACAUUUCCCGCUUUCAUUCUCGGCAUUCUCAGAAUCUGGAAAGAGCCUGAAAGAUGUUUUUCUCAAGCAUUCUUUAUCAUCAUAUUUAUGCGGACAUCUACAUACAAGAUUUGGCAAGAAUUUGAAGCGGCACCAUCAAUCUGCUCCUUAUUUUCCAUCUUCACAAGAGUUGUUCCAGCUUAACAUGCAACAAAUAGCUUCUCAGAGUACUAAAAAUUGUUCAGUUGGGGCCCCACCACUUAAAGAAUUUUGGGAGUGGGAAAUGGGUGACUGGAGGAAGAGUAGAGCCAUGCGAAUUUUGGCCGUUGAUAGAGGUCAUGUUUCAUAUGUUGAUAUUGACUUGAAGUCAGGAACCAAAAGGACUAUCAUAUUGCCAACCUUCCCACUAGACUCAUGUUUCAUGUCAUCAUCUUCAUCGAAAUACAAGUAUGAGUGCCAGCAUACGGUCUUAUCAUCUUAUGAGACAGUCAGAGCUUUGGUGUUUUCCAUCUCUCCAAUAGUCUCAGUUGUGGCUAGGAUAUAUGAUAGCAGACCUGGAUUUCUCAAUCUCGUCUUGGAAGCACCGAUGAGAAAACAUGCGGAUGCUGCCUCUAGGGGAGAUCUUUAUACUGCUCGAUGGAAUUAUAGAGCUUUUGAGGAUCCAUCGCCUGAUAGAUACUGGCUGCAAAUAGAAGCAACUGAUAUCAUGGGCAGAUUGACAUUGACAGAACUGAGACCAUUUUCUGUUAGUGGUCAGAGUGCUAAAAUCUCAUGGACAUGGAAGGAGUUUUUUGUUAUGGGUUGUCAGUGGGCAGCAUUAUAUUAUCCAAUUUUUUGGUCUGCUUUAUUUUCUCUACUCUUGAUUCUUCUUGUUCCAAAAGGUCUUCUUAUUUUCUCAAAGAAGCACUACAUGUAUAAAACGUUUGUUUCCAAGAAAACCUUCAUAAAUGGUAUAGCAUGGAUUCUGCAGGAUCUCUGCAGGCUUCCAAUAGCAUGGUUUGGUCUGUUGGGUUACUUAUUGUAUCUAAUCUUGUUUCCUUGGCUUUUUGGGAAAGUUUUCACAGACAACGAAAAAAGAGCAUACAUGACCUAUAUGGGGUGGGUAAUAAAAAUUUCUGAUGGUAGCCAAAAACAUGAAUACAUUGGUUCCCCGGAUAUAAUGGUGGUGACUCUUCCCCAUCUCUUUUUUGUGGUUUUACCUGCUAUUUUGGUUAUGGGGGCUUUGGCUGCUGAAAGAGGUGUCUACAGAGAACACAUUUUAUUACUUUCAGGGAAGAAAGAAGGUUACAUGGACCAAGAAAAAAAGAUUUCCCUAACAUCGAAGUUCUGGUUUGUCAGGAGAUUUAUAAGAAAAAUCCUCUUGCUGCUUUGCAUGCCAAUUUUUUGGAAGCAUAUAAAGAAUUGCAGAUCCCUUAUCAGAGCUUAUGAGAUGAACCCACUGCAUUUUCCAGGAUAUAGCCUAACAAUUCCUUUACUAUUGGUUUAUGUCAUCUUCAAAACGAAGGGGGUCUAGCGAAGGACCAAUAAUGGUAAGUAUCACCUGUCGCUGAGAAUUCUGUACUAUUUUUUAAGCACGUCUCCGUCAAUACAAUUUCAGGUGGCAGAUUUAGUACUCACCUUAAACUUAUUAGAACCUGGAGAACUGAUUCCGUGUUCUGUUCCGGUAGAAAGGGUUCAGCGUAGAUCAUGUGUAUAUCAACUGCUUGGGUGAACCAUGAACAAAAUAAAUAGGUCUUGUUCACUAUAACUGUACUUACGUGUUUGAUUCAAUUCAUUUUGUCUUCUUUAUCAUUCCAACACUAGGGUUUUACCUAUAUUUCAUACAUAUACAUGUAUAUGUAUAUAUGCACAAUAAGAAUGGUAAAGCAAUAGAGUUUACCAAUAGAGAUUGAAUUGAACCAAAUCAACCAUAAAUGUAACUAAAUUUGAAGCA